GCCAAACUUCCUCCGCACGCAUCAGCUCCUCCUGCCCGUCCAAACAGACGUGUCCUUUAUCGUCACACUAUUCCUUCCACAUGUUGAGCCGUGUUCCCUUGUGUGGCUGCUGCGAUCCGACUAAAAGACACCAGUAGUUGAAUUAAGAUAAUAACUGUUACUCAUUAAAAACUGUAUUUAUCUCUAGUUUCCGACGGUUCUUUCCUGCAGUGGUGAGUGUUUAGCAGUGAAAGCAGCUUAUAGACAUGUGUCCUGUUGGAUGCGUGUGUGUGUGUUGCACUGUACACUGUUAGUCAGUGCUCUUUAUCAGUGGGUGGCAGCUGGUAGGAACACACACACACACACGCUCUCUGUGGGGACACAGUUCUCUCUUAAGGACACGCAGCACUGAAGCCAUCAGCAACCAUGAGGAGGCUUCUGUUCCUGUGCCUGUUGCCCUUGUUCAGAGGUCAAAGGUCAUUCCAAUGCCCCCACCUUUGCUCCUGCCGCGGCAGUGAGGUGAAUUGCAGCGGCAGGUCUCUCACCUCCUCCUCGCUCCCCACCGGUUUUCCUCCUGCAACCACCUCCCUCCGUCUCCACGACAACCGGCUGACCACCCUGCCCAACGGGCUCCUGGACCAUCUGACCUCCCUCCGCUCCGUCUCCCUUCAGGGGAACCCCUGGGAGUGCGACUGCGGCGUCCUCUACCUGCGGUCCUGGCUGCUGCGUCAGCCCGCCGGCCUCCAGUCCCACCUGGGCGUCAACUGCAGCUCCCCCCCCGGCCUGAGAGGGCGGCUGGUGGCGUAUCUAACGGAGAAGGAGGUCCUGGAGUCCUGCCAGUACUGGUACUGUGACCUGGCUCUGGCCUCGCAGGUGUGCCUGUUUGUGUUCGUGCUGGUGCAGGCGGCUCUACUGGCGGUGCUCAUCGUGUUCCUGAGGAGGUUCGAGAAGCUUUCCAGAGAGGCGAGGAGGACCACGGAGGAGAGCUUCACGGCCGGGGAGAGCCAGAGGGAGAACGAGUACUCGCCUUUGAAGGACAGCAGCUUCUGAGGUGGAGCUGUGGUGUGGGAUUGUAAUAAAGUGCAGUUUAGCAUUUGCACACCCAAAAGGAAAAGGGGAUUUUAGACCAUAAUAAUAACAACAACAGCUAACAAGUAGAAUGGUUCAAUAAUUAUUCAAACAAUGUGAACAAAUUCCAACUGAGCACCUCCAGGAGAUUUAACCAUUUAACAUCGUAGAGCAGAAAAGGAAAAGAAAGAUUGUGAAUCUGCACGAGACAAUAACUGAUGGUUCUUCAUCUAGAAAAACAUCCUGGGUAUUAUUCAUUGCAUUGAUUUUUUACAGUUAACAAAAUGUAGUUAUUGAUGUGAGAUGGAAAACUAAUGACAACAAACAUUACUUUUUUGUUCUUACUGAUUUUCUUUUGUGUUCAGCUAAUAUCAGUUGAUAAUAUUGCAAAUUGGUUGUGCUGUAGUCACAAUUUGUACAAUAGUACACAAAUAUCUCGCUGUAUUAACAUGAUAUUAAUAAUAAAAUGAAGAGGCACCCAUUUUCUGUCAGCUUUGACCGAUAUAGUUGAAAUAUUACGUUUGAAUUAUUCUAUUUUCAAUGGCUCAUGGAGUCCAGCCUAAUUGAUAGAUAAUAAACCAGCGUCGGGAGACGUUUAAUUGUGUAUUUGAGCAUUCUAACGUGAUCGUAACUGAAGAAUGAGAGGUUAAUGUCUGUCAUUGAAGUACUUCUGGAGGCCUUUAUGUCUUGCAAUCAUACUCAUUUUUCUAAUUGCAUUAUAUUUGAAUGUUUAUAUAACAAGGAGUAAUUUGCCAUCUUCAAGUGGAUGUUAAUUUGCCAUCUCCUAUCUGAAAUUUUUGAAUAGAAAAAAAUAUUAGUAUAAAUCCAAAACUUUUUUAUUUUUACAUUUUUGGAACUGUGUUAUAAUAUUUAAGAUAAAAACCCAUUAUCACAAGUGUAAAGGUUAUGUAUUUCUUUCUUUAACCUGUACCUAUAUAUAAAAUCGUGGUAUAUAUCUUAUAUGUAUAUAAUAUAUUUAGAUGACAUGCAGAUUCACUUUGUUCUCCACAGCAGUUAACAAAACGUAUGAAUCCUUUAAUUAUUAUUAAUGAACACAACGUGUAAAGAGCAACAAAUGCUAGUUGAUAGAUUUGGGGGAUUAUUUCUGGAACCUUUUGUGCUGAGACGACGGAUUGACAGAUUUAACGGUUUGUUUCCACAUUUGAAAGAUAAAUUAUACAUAUUUUUAUUUCAUGACAUUAAUAAAGAUACAGUCGUGUAUGUAAUUUACAUUUAUACUAAGA